GUUGGGGGUGUGGGCCACUUUAGUCCGACAAUCAAAGAUGUUUGAGUUUCCAUGCGCCGUGACCAGGGAGGCAAAGCGCGUAACACUCCUCCUCCAGCUCCGACCACUCUGCCUCCACACUAAAGGGGGGUUAUAAGACGCAUUUGAUCUGAAGAAAUUGUUCUCUUCAAAAAGAAACUGGUCAUGCUGUGCGAUUUAGUUCGGCCGAAAGAAAGAAGGGAAGACUAGGAAUCUGGUGGCGGUGAUGGAUUUCUCAAAGACACAAACGUUCAACUUGUCUGAGGAGGGCGGCUUAGUCGGGUGUAGACAGUCCAGUCCUGCUGGGGUGAAGCUGGAGGCAGUGAUGGAGCAGCUGCAGAGACAACAAGAAGCCAAGCUGGAGAUGAAUCUGCAAGAGAAACAUCAUCUUCAAGCUCAGCUCCUGUUUGCUCAACACGCUGCUGCAGCCAGAGCCCCUGGCUUCAAGCUAGACUCUGCAUUGCUGGGCAAAGCAAAUGGACAGACCUAUCAGGCAGCCCAGCAAGCUUUGAGCAGCUAUCUCAGCAGAAUGGAUCCAAGUGAAGAUGAAGAAGACUCAGAUGAGGAGGAGCAGGAUGUGCUGGAGAAUGAGGUGGAGGAAGAGGAGGAAGACCAGCAGAACGGGCCUCAUCUGCAGGUGAAGAAGCCUAGACUCCAGCAGGUUCCAGGCUUCCCCUUCCCUCGUUAUUCCACAUCUCAGCCAUCUGCUGUGAAGAAAACCCCAGAGUCUCCACUUUCAGCUAUAAAACAGGAGCAUGAACAGAGGGACCUGCUGUCUCCUGCAGGUCAACACCCCUUCACAUCACCCAGUGGCUUCUCUGACUGGGGCUGCGAUGAGCCAUUUAAACAAAGGGGAAGUGUCAUCUGGGCUGAGGAGAAUGACAGUGCAAAAGUAAGAGGGGAACCAUCCAGAGACUUUGCCAAGCUUUAUGAACUGGAUAAUGACCCACAACGGAAAGAGUUUCUUGAUGAACUUUUUGUCUUUAUGCAGAAAAGAGGAACCCCUGUAAACCGCAUCCCCAUCAUGGCCAAGCAGGUGCUGGACCUGUACAGGCUUUAUAAACUUGUGACAGAAAAAGGAGGUUUGGUGGAGGUUAUUAACAAAAAGAUCUGGAGGGAAAUCACCAAAGGUCUCAAUCUCCCGACGUCCAUCACCAGCGCGGCCUUCACCCUCCGCACCCAGUAUAUGAAGUACCUGUACCCAUUUGAGUGUGAGAAGAAGGGGCUGAGUUCUCCUGGUGAGCUGCAGGCUGCCAUCAACAGUAACCGCAGAGAAGGACGGCGUCCCAGCUACACCAGCAGCCUCUACCACUGCUCUCCCUUCCCAAACUCUGCUCCACACACACUCCUGUCUUCACCCACAAUGCAAACCAUCUCAACCAGACAGGUUGACCAGAAUGGUCUGAAUACAUCUGCCAGUCCAAACCAAAAGAGGCACAUAGAUGAGACAUCAGCCUCUGUAAUACCCAGCCAGCUGCACGUGGCUCUGGCACUGGGGCAGCAGCAGCAGCUGGCACAAGCUGCCACAUUAGAGCAUCUCAAAGAGAGGCUGGAGCGUGGAGCGGGAGGAGCUGCAGCUGAUGGUCCAGAACAGAAAAUGAUGCAGCUCGUGGAGGAGCAGCAGCGCCUCAUGCAGCAGGCCCUCCAACAAAAUCUCCUGGCCAUGGCCUCUCACUUCAACCCCAUGAACUUUAAGCCUAACAAUGGACAUGAAAACAAGCAGGAUUUGUCUCUGAGUAUUUCCACUAAUGGAGCAGCCAGUAUUGGAGUAUCUGUGGUGAUCAAUGGUACUAUAUACUCAGGUACGCUGUUUGCCCAGAAGUCCGUUCCUCCUGUGGUAUCACAGGCCGCAACUCUGGCAGGAACAAGUGGUUUUAGUGCCCUGUCCUCCUUCUCCUCCUCCUCACACAGUCCCUCUUCUUCAUCUUCCACCUCCCCAAAGGGCCCAAACUGAGCCUUUUGCAUCUGUUCUACACAUAAAUUAUUACAAAAUAUAUUUCUCAGACAGGAACUCUAUGAACUGCAGGGAAAGUCAGCUCUUCAGCUUUUUUCUUGCAUUGUUUUUUUUUUCCAUUUCUUUGACUGUGUAAUGUGCUUUAAAUGUGUUUUGUCACAAGGACAUUGAUAUUUGACCCCAAAGGUUUUCAGACCAACUUUAAUCCUGUAGAUUCAGAUCACAGUUUGCCUUAUGGCUUGCUAGAAGCUCUUUUUAAUGUAGCAGCACUCCUGUUAAAAGGGCUUUGCAAAAUUUGUUCAGAAGCGUGUUUAGAGCAGAAGUGUGCACAGUGAGAACCAGUGCUAUGCUUGUUUUGGUAUGUAUUACAUUUAUGGCUAAUUAUUAAACACUGUUGCUGAAGCCAUUUUGCUUAAAGUACCUUGACAAAAAUUUGGUUUCACUUCAGUGAAAGCUCAUAGUUUAUACAUUUCGUAACUGUUUUCAGGGAUUAUAUACGACCAUCUGUUUUCACAGAAAUGCUGUCUUCUAAAGAAUCACAUGGAAUUCAAAAGACACUUAUUGCAAGUUGGUUCAAUAAUUUUAUAUGUUUUGUGUGGUAUUGUGCUUUACUUUCAUUUUAAUCAUCUAGCUUGGUAAAAUAGAGAGAUUUAUUUCAGCUGUGAAUCAAAUGCAAAAUGUGAGAAACAAGGUUUCUGUUGGCAGCUGUAUAUAGAAUGGAAGAGAUGCAACACUGACUUCAAGAGACUUCCCCUGUUCUGUUUCUAGUGAAUGUCUUCUGGACUCAGGAAAUGGCCUUUGGACUCAUCACUGUUAGAAUGUAUCUCAUAAUAUGUUGCUGUGUUGCAUUUGUAAAAAAAAACAAAAAAAA